CUUUCCCGCCACUUUGCGCGCUUUCUUUCCCUCCCUCCGACUUGGCAAGAUUACAGUGUCGCAAACUACCUACUAUCUGCUAGCACCUGUUCCACGAUAAAUACUACAACAACCACCAUGGGCGAACACGAACCCAUCGUCUCCCACGGCCGAGGAGGCCAAGGCAACAUCGGCGCCGAUUCCACCGAAUACGUUGACGGCGGUAUCAUCCGCGAAGGUAUCUACGGUGACCAAGGCGAUGGCGCUUAUUCCGCCGGUCGCGGCGGCGCCGGCAACAUCGGCUCCCCGCACGUCCGUCCAACAUCCAAAGUACCCCACGACGCGGAAAUAGUUCCCGAGUUGGCGAUUCGGCAAUCCACUGAUGGGGAUUAUCAUACUGGACGCGGCGGCCAAGGUAACGUCCACCUCGAUGAAGAACACAGAAAGGAUAAGCAUCAUAAGGCGCCGGCGCAUGAGGGGUUGGCGGAUAAAUUGAAACAUAAGCUGUUUGGGCGGAAGUGAAUUAUCAUUCCCUUUUGAUUUGGUUGCAGUGGGGUGGUGGGGUGUGUGGUGUGAGGUGAGAUGAAGUGAGGUGAGGAUGCUGUGUUUUUUAUACUAUUUUUAUGUGUCUUUGUGCUUUUGUUGUUGAUGAGAUUCCCUGUUGUGUUGUUGUUGUUGUUGUUCUUAGAAUUAAUAUGUUUGUGUGUUAUGCGCGGCUUCAUGGGGUUCUUCUUCUUCAACGGAGUAGGUGUUAGGGGUUUGAGUUAAGGGUUGUAUGAGAUAGCCGGUAUGCUGUUAAUGCGACGAUCUCUACUAAAAAGGUGUAUGAAGAAAGACACGCCUGUAUUCAUGC